CUUCCCAACCUUGCCAACCAUGGUGCUUUCCUUUGAAUCAAAGCUAAAACCCUCUCAAUUUUUUAUCAAGAAGUUGCAGAAAACGACCAAAUUCGACACGUUGAAUUCGUUUCUUUAUGGUUUUUGCCAUUUCCUACUACCCCCAUAAGGUCAUCAGCUGGCAUCCCCACAGUUUCAAGAAUGGCUGUGGAAAACCAUCAGCAGAAAGCAGUGGCAGCCUCGUAAGUCCUCGAUUUAAUGUUCAACCCAAGCGGCCAAUCUGCGAAGUCGUCAUGUUCUUGCUGCUCCCUUGCUGUGUUCUCCUCUCCCUUCCGUUUCUUUUAGCUUCAUCAGCCUCAAUAUCCCCAGCUGCCAGUUAUCUUCUCCAGUUUCGAAGCAGUCUUCCCAAGUCUUCUCAGCAUCUCUUGCCAUGGAAUAAGUCUGAUUCACCUUCUCACUGCCAGUGGCCAGGAGUUUCUUGCUACUCCAAUGAUGAUCCUGAAGUCAAGUCCUUAAACCUCUCUGGCUAUGGACUGUCUGGAAUCUUGGCCAACUCCAUAUCCCAUGUCUGCAGCCAUAAGCAUUUGCUCUCCCUUGAUCUCAGCAUCAACAACUUCACUGGUGGAAUCCCUCAGCUGCUGGGAAACUGCAGCCGACUGAGUACGAUUCUCCUUAAUGACAAUAGCCUCCAAGGAUCAAUCCCUGCUCAGAUUUUCUCAAAGCAGCAGUUAGAACUCAACUUGGGGACUAACUUGCUCUGGGGUACAAUUCCUUCUGAGGUAAGAUUAUGCAGGAAUCUUGAAUAUUUAGGACUGUAUAACAAUUUCUUAUCUGGGGAGAUUCCAAGAGAAUUAUUCUCUCUACCAAAGCUGAAGUUUCUGUAUUUGAACACCAAUAAUCUCACUGGAGCUUUACCAAACUUCCCACCAUCAUGUGCCAUUUCUGAUCUUUGGAUUCAUGAGAAUGCUCUCUCUGGAUCUUUACCUCAUUCUCUGGGAAACUGCAGAAACCUCACUAUGUUCUUUGCAUCUUAUAACAACUUUGGAGGGAUCAUUUCACCAGAGAUCUUCAAAGGUCUGGUGCAGCUUGAAUUUCUCUAUCUUGAUUCCAACAGACUUGAGGGGCAGAUCCCAGAGACUUUGUGGGGUCUUGGGGAGUUAAAAGAGCUUGUUCUUUCGGGGAAUAUGCUUAAUGGGAGCAUACCUGAAAGGAUAGCUCAAUGCCAUCAGCUAGCUGUUCUAUCACUCUCCAGUAAUAAUCUGGUUGGGCAGGUUCCUCCAUCAAUUGGAAGUCUCAAAGAUCUAUACUUUGUUUCUCUCUCUGAUAACAUGCUUCAAGGCUCAUUGCCUCCAGAGGUUGGAAAUUGUAGUUCUCUAGUUGAACUUAGGCUCCAGAACAACUUGAUUGAAGGGAGAAUCCCCUCAGAAGUCUGCAAACUUGAGAAUCUUGAGGUAUUUCAUUUGUUCAACAAUCAUAUCAAGGGCCGAAUUCCUCAGCAGAUAGGAAGAAUGAGCAACCUUGUGGAGUUGGCUCUGUAUAACAAUAGCUUGACUGGUAGAAUUCCAUCAGGGAUUACCCAUUUGAAAAAACUCACAUUCCUGUCCUUAGCUGACAAUAAUCUCACUGGGGAGGUGCCUUCUGAGAUUGGGAGAAACAACUCUCCUGGUCUAGUUAAGUUGGAUUUAACUGGGAAUCGCCUUUAUGGACUGAUUCCUUCAUAUAUAUGCAGUGGCAAUAGCCUUUCAGUUUUGGCUCUUGGAAACAAUAGUUUCAAUGGGACUUUUCCAGUUGAACUUGGAAAAUGCUCCUCUCUUAGGAGAGUGAUUCUUAGUUAUAAUCUUCUGCAAGGGAGUAUACCAGCAGAAUUGGAUAAGAACCCAGGAAUUUCUUUCUUAGACGCUCGAGGAAACUUGCUGGAAGGCAGCAUACCCCCAGUGGUUGGUUCUUGGAGCAACCUCUCAAUGCUUGAUCUUUCAGAAAAUAGGCUAUCUGGCUCUAUACCUCCUGAGCUUGGAAUGCUGGGAAAUCUUCAAAUGUUACUACUUUCUUCAAACAGACUGAAUGGAAGCAUUCCUCCUGAGCUGGGGUAUUGCUCACAAAUGAUCAAAAUGGACCUCAGCAAGAACUCUCUCUCAGGAAACAUUCCUUCAGGGAUCACUUCAUUUGUGGCCCUGCAGAACCUUCUCCUUCAAGACAACAACCUCAGUGGAGUGAUUCCAGACUCAUUCUCUUCACUGGAGAGUCUCUUUGAGUUGCAGCUUGGAAACAACAUGCUUGAAGGCUCUAUCCCUUGCAGCUUAGGCAAACUUCACCAGCUCAAUUCAGUACUUAACCUGAGCCACAAUAUGCUCUCUGGGGAAAUCCCCAGAUGCCUCAGCGGUUUAGACAAGUUACAGAUUCUUGAUCUCUCAAGCAACAAUUUCUCUGGAACAAUUCCGCCUGAACUGAACAGCAUGGUGUCCCUUUCCUUUGUGAACAUAUCAUUCAACCAUCUCUCUGGGAAAAUCCCAGAUGCCUGGAUGAAAUCAAUGGCUUCAUCUCCAGGGUCUUAUCUAGGAAACCCAGAACUCUGCCUGCAGGGAAAGGCAGAUAGAGAUAGUUAUUGUGGGGAAGCAAAAAACUCCCAUACAAAAGGCCUAGUGCUGGUUGGCAUCAUUCUAACUGUGGCUUUCUUUAUAGCAUUACUCUGUGCUGCAAUUUACAUAACCUUGGAUCAUCGACUCAGACAGCAACUUUCCUCCCAGACUCGAUCUCCUCUUCAUGAGUGCCGAUCAAAGACUGAGGAUUUGCCCGAUGAUUUGAAACUAGAAGAUAUUAUAAAGGCGACAGAAGGGUGGAAUGAUAGGUAUGUGAUUGGAAGAGGCAAGCAUGGAACUGUUUACAGGACAGAAACUGAGAACUCCAGAAGGAACUGGGCUGUGAAGAAGGUGGAUUUGUCUGAGACAAACUUCAGCCUUGAGAUGAGGACUUUGAGCUUGGUUAGGCACAGAAAUGUUGUGAGAAUGGCAGGAUAUUGCAUCAAAGAUGGCUAUGGUUUCAUUGUGACCGAGUACAUGGAAGGUGGGACCCUCUUUGAUGUGCUGCAUUGGAGAAAACCUCUGGUUUUGAACUGGGAUUCACGGUAUCGUAUCGCUCUUGGCAUAGCUCAAGGCCUUUCUUAUCUUCACCAUGAUUGUGUGCCACAAAUCAUACACAGAGACGUGAAAUCAGACAACAUCUUGAUGGAUUCUGAAUUGGAGCCAAAGAUUGGAGACUUUGGAUUGGCAAAACUGGUUUCUGAUGAUUCUGAUGCAAGUUCUACAAUGUCUGCAAUUGUAGGAACACUUGGCUACAUCGCACCAGAAAAUGGACACUCAACCCGGUUGACAGAGAAGUGUGAUGUGUACAGCUAUGGAGUCAUUUUGCUAGAGCUUCUCUGCAGAAAACUGCCAGUGGACCCUUCCUUUGAAGAAGGCCUGGAUAUUGUGUCCUGGACGAGGAAGAACUUGCAGGAGAACAAUGAAUGCUGUAGCUUCCUUGAUGUGGAAAUUGGUUCCUGGAAUGUAGAUGAACAAUGGAAGGCAUUGAAGCUGCUGGAGUUGGCACUGGAUUGCAGUGAACUGGAGCCUGGCAUAAGGCCCUCUAUGAGAGAUGUAGUGGGAUAUCUUAUAAAGUUGAAUGAUAAACAAUAAGGAACUGUAUACACCAGAGAAAACUCAGAUUCUUAACAUUCAACACAUUUGUUUACAGAUACUGAACAGCAGGUGAUUGUUCCAGUCAUUGAAGAACUUCCUUCACACUUGAAACCACUCAAGAAGAAUCCAGCAAGGACGUUAAAAGAGUUUGGUGAAUGAGUUCAGAUUAUGGAACCCAUCUUUCUGGGCAAAGUAAUCGGGAUUGUAAGGGGGGUAUGUAGGGUGAACUUAAUUUUCAUUCAAGACAUUUUAGCUCCCAUAAGAAA